CUUACAGAGCAAGAUCGAGACAAUAUCCGUGCAUUUCAGUUGAAAUUGUUAUCGUGCAUGCCAUGGCGAAUGUACAACGCAAUGCGAACAUCCUUCGAUCACAAGAUAUCAAUUGAUUCAGAGUGGAUCAUUCUUCGCUGUUUAGCUCUCCUUUCAGAGAUUGAGCCACGAGCAAUUGAUUGUUGUGUAAAUUUGUGUAUCGCCUACACAAGAGAGCACAGUCUACGCGAGGACUGCCCAUACUGCAAUGAAGCAAGGUUCACAUCUUCACGUCAACCUCAUCAUACUUUCUCAUACCUUCCCCUCAUCCCUCGACUGCAGGCAUUCUUCCAGAAUAAAGCUAUGAUCAAUCUGCUCAGAUACCGUUCCGAGUUUGAGCCUCACCCGACACGCAUACAUGAUGUUUUUGAUUCAUCCUGGUACCGGAAGCUGCUGAGAAAACAUGUUGUUGUGGAUGGGACAAAUCGGAACCACAAGUACUUCAAUUCAGAGUAUGAUCUUGCACUGGCUAUGUGCACUGAUGGCUACCUUUUUUUUCAAAUGUCAUCGUGGUGGCCCAUCUGCUACUCCCAUUCUACUCGUCAAUCCAAAUCUCCCCCCCUGAUAUUUGGACUCACGUGGAGAAUCUUAUUUGCCUAG